UCCGCCUCAGCGCACCUCUCCGCCCCUCGCUCUGCCGCUUGACGGCGGGGAGCGCAGCUGGGCGGGAACUGACACCGAGAGGGCCACUCGGGGAGGCAUGCCGUGCUCCGAGGCCGCCCUGCAGCCGUCCCCCAGCAAGAGGCAGAAAGGCUCAGCGGUCGGGGAGCCCUCCGCUCGGCUUCGCUUCACCAAGCUGUCCAAGAACGCCUGCACUCCGUCCAAGGGCUCUGCGCGAGCCGCGGGCUACGAUUUGUACAGUGCCUAUGACUAUGUCAUCCCACCCAUGGAAAAGGCUGUCGUGAAAACAGACAUUCAAAUUGCCCUUCCUGCUGGAUGCUAUGGCCGAGUAGCACCACGUUCCGGUUUAGCUGCAAAGCACUUUAUAGAUGUUGGUGCUGGUGUUAUUGAUGAGGAUUACAGGGGAAACGUUGGCGUGGUACUCUUCAACUUUGGCAAGGAGACUUUUGAAGUUAAGAAAGGAGAUAGAAUUGCCCAGCUCAUCUGUGAACGCAUUUUCUAUCCUGAGCUAGAAGAAGUUCAGGCUCUAGAUGAUACAGAACGUGGUGAAGGUGGCUUUGGUUCUACUGGAAAGAACUGAAAAUUAUUUGAAUGUGCUUUCUAUUGCUUUUUUAUUGUUCUACUUCUAAAUUUGCAUUUGAAUUAGAUGUAAUAUUUUGAAUUUCUUGGGCUAUUAGUUGUUUUUUUUUAUUAUUAAAUAUUUUGUCCUCAUUAAUAUUUGUGUAAAGAAAGCUUUUGUGUGUAUCAAUGUUUUGUACCAAGAGUUUUUCUUUGUACAGAGUUAGCAAUAAUAUGUGUAUUGAUAUGGCUUCCUACUGUAAUCUCUAAAUUGGAAUAAGGUGAAGAUAUUCAAUACUGCAUCUCCUAUGACUUGUUAAAAAUGGUUGUUUCAAAGGUAAUGUUCUAAUUUUGAUCCUUAUCUGGUUCUCAAAUAGACAUUUUUUCAGCUCACUAGAUAAAGAGCAGGGAAUAUGGUGUGUUAAGUAAACAUUACAACUCAUCUGGAAAUCAAUAUAGUAAAUAAAUGCUAUGAAGCACACUGCUGUUCAACUUUCAUGAAUAAGGUACUGUAUGGAAGAACACACUGUUUUGAUGAUUCAGAAUCAAACCUUUUUUCUCCAGUUGGAGUAUUUAAUCCAUUUUGACCAGUUAACAAAACCUUUUGGAAUGGAUCCCAGUGGCAAGGUAGAAAGGUUUUUGUAGACCCAGAUGUUCACAGAAUUCUCCUUGCUGGUAUUGGGAUAUAGUUUUUUGUCCUUGUUUUGCAUCCUUUUCUACUACUAGCCAUUUCCAAAGUUUGGCACAUUAUGAUAUUGUCCCACUACCCUGAAGAGCUGGAAAACAAAGAUGACAGCAUUCUAAUUCCAUUAUCCAUAGUCAUUACUUUGACUUGGCAGUGGUGAAAUUGCAAGUACAUCUUUUACCAAGGUAAAAACCGUUCCUCUUAUGUGCAUUACCCGCUAAGCACUGCUUUUUUUCUCUUAAAGCCUUACCACAACACUGUUCUAUCUGUAAUACACAGGCUUACCAUGCCAAUGGGUAUUGUGAGUGAGAAGCACGUCAUGGUAAUAAGGUUCUAAAUCUGUUGGAAAAAUGAUCUUGACAUUAAGCAUCUUCCCUUAUAUAAUCUGCCAGAAAGGAUCUUCAGUUAUCAAAGACUAUUUAAAUGUCUUAAAAUAAGAAUAAAUUCUUUUCUGUAAACCCAUUUCUUGCUAGAGUUUGAGAGUAAGUUUUGCUGCUCCUCUUCCCUCCUAGUAAAACAAAAACAAACAAAAAAAAAAACAA